CAAGUGAUCAUAUGUUCGCUUCGCGUGGGUUGUUGCAUUACAAUAAAAAUAAAUAAAAAACAAUCAGAAUCGUUUUUUAAAUACCAGUGGAUGCUAAUUUGGGAAUAAUAUAGUGAAAACCACUUAAUAGAGGAUAUAAUAUUUUUGAAUAAGUUUGUGAUAAUCUGCUCCAGGUCUCUGUGGAAUUUCGUCUUCAUUUUUGACAAGUAGGAAAAAUACAUCCAGAGGAGGCUGAGGAGAAAAAAAUGGCGUUGAAUACAGAUAUCUCCACGGCACUCCACUUGCUGGAGCACGUGGAGGAACGAAUGGAAGACUGCGAUGAUCCGAAGCUCCAGAUGCACACAAACCAAGAUAUUCGUGCUUUGAUUGCCCUUCUCGAAGAUCCAGUCUUCCGCAGUAUUGUCACUCUCCAAGAUUCUCUCGCUGAGUUAAAUACUCAACUCGGACAACAUCCCUCCAUUCUGCCGGGGGAUUUCGAUAUUCGUCUCAGUGGACAACUUGAGUUUUCUGUACCAAACACGCCACUGCAACCCGUUGGGCAGAAUAUUUUCCAGGAACUCUAUCAGGACAGCAACGAAUUUGAUGACCAGAGAGUUCCCGUCGUUCCGCUCGUGCACAGCAGCAGUGAAGAUACUAUUGCACAGGCUACGAGUCCGAGUUUGAUAUCGGAUGUUGGUAGCAUGUCUCACAUAACGACGCCAUCCUACGCCAAGGAAUUCCGCAAAGUGAUUGAAUCUGCAGCCAAAGGUCGUCAAACUUUAAAUGUUCAGCUCUUCAAAUCCGAAGGUAUGAGUUUGGGAUUCAGCGUUGUUGGAUUGCGCACUAAAGAUAAAGGAGAACUCGGCAUCUUCCUUCAGGAGAUUCAACCAAAUGGGAUCGCUGGAAUCGAUGGUCGACUGUUGGAAGGGGAUCAAAUACUAGCGAUAGAUGGACAACCCUUGGACUCUAAUAUUUCCCAUGAACAGGCGAUUUCGAUUCUUCAAAAGGCUCGCGGUGUAGUUGAACUAAUCGUCGCUAGGAGCGCCCAAGAUAUUGGGAGCCCAGCUGCGACGGAUGAGGUGUCCGGGGUCUCGAUUUCGACCGCAGCAGCAGAGGGAACGGGAUCUCUCAUCUGCAGCGGAUUUACCGACUUUACCGCCUCCAAAGAGCAAUCGGCACCGGUGCCUUCUGCAGUCUUACCAGGGGUCACAAAACCCACCACUCCGAGUGCAGCGAUCGUUUCUGUGGUACCAAAUUCUGCAUCCACAUCGUCUGCUGGCACUGGAGUUCCGGUCGUCGAAACAGCUCCGUCCGCCGUCAGUGAAAUCGCGAAGAGUGGCACUGACAUGGUGUUGAAUACCGAGUGGGCACAAGUAGAAGUAAUAAACCUUAUCAACGAUGGAAGUGGUCUUGGCUUUGGAAUCAUCGGCGGCCGAAGCACAGGCGUUGUCGUCAAAACUAUUCUCCCUGGUGGAGUCGCUGAUCGCGAUAAUAGGCUGCAAAGUGGAGAUCAUAUAUUGCAAAUCGGAGAAGUCAAUCUCCGUGGAAUGGGAAGUGAACAGGUCGCAGCUGUUCUCAGACAAUCGGGAACUCAUGUUCGACUUGUCGUUGCACGUCCAGUCGAACCUACUUCCCCCGACUACCAGAUUUUACUUCUUCAGGCCCUCGGAAGCCAUGCACCGAUCGUACCAACAAAAAUCCUGGGCGAUCCAGAUGAACUCGAUCGUCAUUUGAUUCAUUCAACUCCAGAAACUUAUAAUGUCCGACACGCGAAAACAGAUUUAAACUACGACAAUGGAUAUAUGUACUCUCAGGAACCGGAUAUCGAAAUGCACACGAGGCCAAGCCUUAUCAUGGACGUGGUGCGAAAUCCGACGCCUGUGGGAGCGUCGCCCUUCAUUCCAACGCUCACGGGUCCAAUUCAAAUCCAGGACCUUCCGGCUCUCUCGAUGGACCCGAUUGAUGUCGAUUCUCUUCCUGAAAUGGAACGUUUCACUGUAGAAUUAAAAAAGGACACCUACGGGCUUGGGAUUACUAUCGCGGGAUAUGUUUGUGAAAAGGAGGAACUCUCGGGAAUUUUCGUGAAGAGUAUAAGUGAAGGUAGCGCUGCUGACUUGAGCGGGAAAAUUCAAAUAAAUGACCGAAUCGUGGAAGUCAACGGUCACUCUCUACAGGGUUAUUCGAAUCAUGAAGCUGUUGAAGUUUUGAGAAGUACAGGAACAAUCGUUGUUCUUUGUUUAGAACGGUAUCUUCGGGGUCCAAAAUAUGAACAACUGCAGCAAGCAAUUGCCGCCAGUGAACUCAGGUUACCUCAGCAGCCGGGUUCUCCCUCCAUCACAAGUCUCCCCACGUUCCCCAUCACUGCACAAGAAGGAGAAUCGACGAUAGAAAUAGAGCCAGAGGGCGAGUCGCACACGACAAUCGAUAGUGCGAUUCUUCAUGAAAUGGAUAGAGAGACUGAUACUCGUGAUUCUUCUCCAGAAACUAAUGUUGAGGCUCUUUUGAGUGAUCCAUCGCAAGAACUGACGCCACAAAUUGAAGCUGCAAUCAAAUCUAAGUGGCAAAAAAUCGUCGGACCGGAUGUCGAGAUAGUGGUGGCACAAUUAAAAAAAUUCGCUGAAGGUAGUGGUCUAGGAAUUAGUUUAGAGGGAACAGUAGACGUCGAAAAUGGGCAGGAAGUGAGGCCUCAUCAUUAUAUUCGCUCAAUUCUGCCACAAGGACCCGUUGGUCAAAACAACACAUUAAGAUCGGCAGAUGAACUUUUAGAGGUGAACGGCUACCGACUUCUGGGAAUUAACCACAUGGAAGUGGUGAGCGUCCUGAAGGAAUUACCCGUUCACGUAAGAAUGGUCUGUGGCAGAAAUAUCAAAUCUCAGGACGCGCUCUGUCCGAUAGAUACAGCUCAACAUCAAGCGGCCUUUCAAACUAGGAGUAUUCUCGGCGGUUCCUUACAAAAUUUGCUACCCUCGAUGGAUCGACUCGUGAAGGCAAAGUCAGACGGUUCUUUAGCAUCGGCGACGACAACGGCGACCGUCACUGAUGCAAGUCUUAGCAAAAUGAAAUCCCGAUCUCUGGAACCAUUAACAGGCCUUGCGAUGUGGAGUUCUGAACCGCAAAUAAUCGAACUCGUGAAAGGAGAGAGAGGCCUUGGAUUUUCUAUUUUAGAUUAUCAGGAUCCGAUGAAUCCCAACGAAACUGUGAUAGUAAUAAGAUCCCUAGUGCCGGGCGGAGUGGCUCAAGUAGACGGUCAGUUGAUUCCCGGCGACCGUCUCCUCUUCGUCAACGACAUCACAUUAGAAAAUGCAACCCUGGACCAAGCCGUGCAGGCGUUGAAGGGAGCCCCGAAGGGUGUGGUGAGGAUCGGGGUAGCGAAACCGCUGCCGAUUCCUGACAGCAUCGCUCAGGCGAGCGAUCAGGAUGAUAUCUCCGAAAUAAGCGGUAGGAGUCCGAGGGCGAGUCGACUGCCCGUGAUCGACAGUCAGAAGCAGAGGUGCGAGUAUUUUCGAGAGAGGAAGAUCAACGUUGUCCAACCACCACCCCGCCUGGACCUGAUCGAAGGCCUACAGCUCCAACACAGCCUCGUCAAAUCUGAAAGCUUUUGAAUCAAUCGAACAAGCCCAACUUCGGCCCUCGAUCCUUCCUCGUGGACCAAAAAUCGAGAUUUCCCUCUCGAGUUUUCCUUUUUACACUCACUCACUCCCUCACUAUCAGUCUUAUAUUUCGAGGGUUUCGAUUCCACGAGAUGGGGUUCUUCUUUACCGGAGACUUAAUCAAGGCAGAGUGGAGAUGUGAGAUUUUAAUUGCACGAGUUUCGUGAAAGGGCUCAUUUUUAGCUACAAAGUGUACUUGUAAAGAGAUUAAGAUACGAGUUUAGAGCAAUAAAGAGAUUUAGUUAAUGGUA